UCUGCCACCGUCUGACGCGACUGGUUUUCCGUUCGCCACUGUGUCGAGUGCCGACCGCUGAGGCAGAUAUUCCGUGGCUCUCCAAAAGGCUUCGUACGCGGCCUCAACAAUCAACACCGGUGCGCUCCAGCUCCAGAGGUUCUGUGGCUCCGAAGGCAGGCGGAUAGCGAGCGUAUGGCCAGCUACUUCGUCCUCAACACCGGCGCCAAGAUCCCGUCGGUCGGGCUCGGCACCUGGCAGGCCGACUCUGCCGUCGUCGGCGACGCCGUCUACGCCGCCGUCAAGGCAGGUUAUAGGCACAUCGACUGUGCUCAAGCAUACAACAACGAAAAAGAGGUGAUUUCCUCCUCACAUCUACUAUUUCAGACUUUCAGCCAAGCAAAUGGUAUCUCAAUUCUGAAAUGUAAACUAACAGUUGCCGCUCUGCAGGUCGGAUUGGGUCUCAAGAAAGCGCUUGACGAGGGCAUAGUCAAGCGGGAGGAUCUCUUCAUCACCUCCAAGCUCUGGAACACCAACCAUGCGCCUGAGGACGUCCCAGUUGCGCUGGACGGCACACUGAAAGCCCUUCAAACGGACUACGUGGAUCUUUACCUAGUCCAUUGGCCGGUGAGCAUGAAGAAAGGCGCCGGAUUUGGCCCGCAAAGCGUUAUCCCGUCAGAUAUUCCGGCGACGUGGGCGGCGAUGGAGAAGCUGUACGACGCCGGCAAGGCGCGCGCCAUCGGCGUGAGCAACUUCUCGAGCAAGAAGCUGGCGGACCUGCUCGCCGUGGCGCGCGUGCCCCCGGCCGUCAACCAGGUGGAGUGCCACCCCGUGUGGCAGCAGGGCAAGCUCCGCGCCUUCUGCGAGUCCAAAGGGAUACACCUCUCGGCCUACUCGCCGUUGGGCUCGCCGGGCACGACGAUGGUGAAGGCUGGCGCGGUGCUGGAGCACCCGGUGGUCGUGUCGGCGGCGGAGAAGCUCGGGAAGACGCCGGCGCAGGUGGCGCUGCGUUGGGGCGUCCAGAUGGGGCACAGCGUGCUCCCCAAGAGCACCAACAAGGAGAGGAUCAGGGCGAACAUCGACGUCUACGACUGGUCCAUCCCGGACGACCUGUUCGCCAAGCUCUCCGAGAUCGAGCAGGAGAGGUUGAUUCGCGCGAGCUUUUUCGUGCACCCGGAGGGCGUGUUCAAAUCCGUCGAGGAGUUCUGGGACGGCGAGAUCUGAGGUCACCGUCUGGGCUGCGCACCGAACUAAAUUUCAAAAAUUUACUUGGUCAGGUGUACAACAAUAAGUUUGUCUGAACUGUGACAGAAACGAAGUGCGCGUGUAAUCGGUAGUCCAGUAAAAUUCGCUUUUGCUGGCA